GAUGCUUAGCUCAUUACUAGUAUUUUCCAAAUAUUUGAAAGUAAAAUAUUGUUCUGGAAUUUAGCUAAGACAAGCAAAUUGUAUAUUUUUAAACAUUACUAGUAUUUUCUUUCUAUUGUGGCCUAAGAGAAUCAAAAUCUCCCUGCAAAACAUAAAACCCAGAUUCUUACAAUGGCACAAUCUUACAAAGUAGCGGUCAUCGGUGCCGGCAUGGCAGGGCUAGUCACGGCCAGGGAGCUUCGAAGAGAAGGUCACCAAGUCACGGUAUUUGAAAAGGGCCAAAGAGUUGGUGGCACAUGGCUCUAUAAUCCACAGGUGGAGUCCGACCUAUUGGGGCUUGACCCGAAUCGGGAAAUAGUUCAUACUAGCCUUUACAGAUCCCUUCGAGUUAACCUCCCUAGGCACGUUAUGGGAUUCCUGGACUACCCAUUCGUGAAGAAAGAAGGUGGGGAUUCGAGAUCUUUUCCUGGUCAUGCAGAGGUGCUCAGGUUUCUUGAGGAUUUUGCGCGGGAUUUUGGGUUGAUGGAAUUGAUCCGAUUCGGACAUGAAGUGGUUGGGUUGGAGCGAGUUGAUGAGGUUAGUCACGAGUGGGUUAUCGAGUCUCGGACUCGAGGGAUGGAAUCAAGAUGGGAAUUUAAAGAGCACGCGUUUGAGGCUGUGAUCGUUUGCAAUGGUAAAAACACGGAGCCAAAUAUUGCAGAAUUUCCAGGCAGGGAUGCUUGGCCAGGAUUGCAAAUGCAUAGCCAUAACUACCGGACUCCUGAACAGUUUAAAAAUAAGAUAGUGGUGCUCAUAGGGAACGGACCAAGUGCCUAUGACAUCUUGAAAGAUAUCUACCCUCUUGCAAGACAAGUUCAUCAGGCUAUUAGAGGACCUGAUUUCCAGUUGAAAAAGCUGAAAAAUCAUGAUAAUGCUUGGCAGCAUUCAAUGAUUGAAUGCGCUCAUAAAGAUGGUAAGGUGGUAUUCCAAGAUGGAUCAAUUGUCGAUGCAGAUGUCAUUAUCCAUUGCACUGGGUACAAAUACCAUUUCCCAUUUCUUAAGUCAAAUGGGAUAAUUACUGUGGACAACAAACGUGUUGGACCUCUGUAUAAACAUGUUUUUCCACCAAGCUUAGCUCCUUGGCUUUCCUUCGUGGGAUUACCUUACUUGUGCAUUUUAAGUUUUAACACGGUAAAUAGAUCUUUACACGAUCAGACACUGCCCGUUCUAGUGAUAGAAUUACAAGGGAAAUGGGUGGCAAAAGUGUUGUCCGGUAAGGUAGAGCUGCCAACCGAAGAAGAGAUGGCAUAUUCUGUUCAAGAACUUUACUCUCAGAUGGAGAAGACUGGAUGGCCCAAGCAUCAUACUCAUAAGCUUCAUCCGGACAAGUUUGACUAUGAAACUUGGCUUGUUGCUCAGUUGGACAUAACGCCCCCGGAGAGGUGGAAGCAAAUAAUGCUUAUGUCCGUCAUCAAAAUUGCAUCAGAUUACGGUGACAAUUAUCGAGAUGAAUGGAAUGUUGACAAAUGGAUACAAGAAAUAGAUUCUUCCAAUAAUAAGUCCAUAGACGUCGAAUAAUCAAAUAUAUCAAUACCACAAAUAAUGCAUAUGAAGUAUAGAUAUAUGCAACCAUUAAUUUGCACUGUAUUCCUAAAUUAACCUUUUAUCAUUUCAAAGCGAAGCAUUAUUUCCCAUUUGUGGCUCUCACACACAGGCACAGACAUCUAGCUGCAAAUAUCAGAGACGAGUUUGGAAUACUUCAAGAAAAUCAUUAACUGUUUUUGGAACCCGUAACAGUUCAUCACGAAAUAAGGAUUCCAUUGUAACAGUCUUGAAAAUGCUAGCAUCAGCUUUGCUCAAGCUGCUCAAAAUACAAAAUUAUAAUCGAACGCAUAAUCAGUGUAAGCUGUGAGG